AUGGCCAACUCUUGUUCCUGUGCGAGCCGGGGACCCGACACAGUCGAUAUGGCUUCGUCAAAGAUCGACUGGAGUAAGGUAGACCAACCCGAACUGGUUCUGCAGCGAUUUGCAAGCCGCAGAUCUGUGGUGUAUGGAACGAAGGGGAUUGUCUCAUCGUCACAACCAUUGGCUACGGAAGCGGGGUUAGAGAUCUUGAGGAAAGGCGGCAAUGCAGCCGAUGCGGCAGUGGCCACGUCCGCGGCGCUGAAUGUCACUGAACCUAGUUGCUGUGGUAUUGGAGGAGAUGCCUUCUGUCUCUUCUAUGACGCCAAGACGAAGGAAGUGAAAGCGCUGAAUGGUUCGGGUCGUUCUCCGCAGAAAUUAACCCUGGAAUAUAUGAAGAAGCGCGGGGUAACUGGUGGCAAAAUACCUCUAACUGACCUCAAUUCAGUGACCGUGCCAGGAGCCGCCGCCGCUUGGGUUGACACAGUAGAAAGUUUCGGCAGCGGCCAGGUGACAGUCGCUGACGUCCUUGCACCCGCAAUUAGACUAGCAGAAGAAGGAGUUCCUGUGUCGGAGAUCCACAGUCACUCUUGGCAACGUUCCGAAAACUUAAUAAAGAAUGCAUCACCCAAUGGCGGUGAGAUGCUCUUGAAUGGCAAAGCGCCCCUUCCAGGACAGAUUGUCAAGCUACCCAAUUUGGCGAAGACUUUCCGGGCCGUAGCGGAACAUGGAAAGGAAGGAUUCUAUAAGGGCCGCAUUGCUGAGGCGAUUGUAGAAUUGAUACAGAGUCAAGGAGGUGUUAUGGAGCUUGAAGAUCUAGCUAAACACGAAACGACUUUUGUCGAGCCCAUCAAGUAUACUUUCGGCGGGGACGUCACCGUCUACGAGUGUCCACCAAACGGACAAGGCAUCGCCGCCCUUAUAGCGCUAGGCAUCCUUGAUAAUAUGCAGGAGCUAGGCAUAAUCAAGCCUUUACUAGAGAUGGAACACAAUUCGCCCGAAUACUUACACACACUAGUCGAGGCGUUGCGGCUGGCAUUCGCGGACAGCCAGUAUUACGUGACAGACCCAGAGGUCAAACAUGUCCCUGUUGCGGAGUUGCUCAGUAAAGAGUACCUGGCUUCCAGGGCAAAGCUAUUUGAUCCUUCGAAGACUAACCCCAAAGUUGUGCACGGUAACCCCGUCAACUCCUCCGAUACGGUGUACUUUUCAGUGACGGAUCAGUGGGGAAAUGCCUGCAGUUACAUUCAGAGUAACUAUGCCGGCUUUGGUACUGGAGCCGUCCCGAAAGGUUGCGGUUUCACCUUACAGAAUCGGGGCUCAGGAUUCGUACUGCAGGAAGGACAUCCCAACGCGCUUGCUGGCGGGAAGCGACCGUACCAUACCAUCAUCCCCGCUCUGGCCACAAGAGGGGACGAACUAUUCCUGUCAUACGGCGUGAUGGGAGGCUUCAUGCAGCCUCAAGGUCAUGUUCAAGUCCUCUUGAACAUCCUUCGCGGGUUCACGCCGCAGGCUGCCUUGGACGCGCCGCGCUUCUGUAUAUCGGCCGGAAGUCCAGACUCAGAGACUCGAAAUCCGUUGAAUGCUGGAGACAUCAACAGUGAGGUGUACUUCGAAGAAGGCAUCCCAGAGUCAACUGUAGCGAAACUCAGAGAAAUGGGCCACGACGCUCGUACCGUGUCUGGCUUCGCCAGGAUGUUGAUGGGACGCGGACAAGUCAUACAGAGGAUUGUAGACCAAUCUGGUCAGACUGUAUGGGCAGCGGGUUCAGACCCCAGGGCUGACGGGCAUGCCGCUGCCCAAAUUUAA